CGCAAGUUUUCGCAAGAAGACCCCACAGUCUCCUACAUGGUGGAACCAACAAGAACAUGGAGUCAGGCUACUGUGCCAUUUGCCACAAUCCCUUGGAGCAACUGGUUCAACUGCAUGUCCCUACCCGUCAGCAGAGCUACUCUGUAUCAGGAUGCAACCGAGCUUCUUGUGUCAAUCAGCUUUUUUCGGCCGAGAAAAAGUUUUCGUGUGGAGGCGGAGGCGUUUUCUAUUGUCAAAAAUCAGAUUCCACUCUACGAAUUCAGAUAUCCCUUUGAAUUCUUCGGCGGUGUGUGUGGAUGAUAAAACACAGCAAACAACCACAAAUAAACCACCACAAGACAGUACCAAUGAAUGGACGGUGGAUAGUGACGAGGACAAUGACGAUGACCUAGAACAACAAGUGGCUGCCAUGGAACUCAAGCAAUCCAGCACUCUGCCAAAAACAACCAACAGCAAAAACAGCAACCAUAAAAAGAAAAAGAAACCAAGUGCAGAUGAAGCAUCAUCAUCAACUGCUUUGCCAUGUUUUGAGCUUCACUCUGUGUUGGAACCACCGUCCAAGAAACAGCACCGUCAAGGCGACGACGACGACGACGAGGAUUUCAUUGGCACGGCUACCAGUGGCAGCGAUGCCAAAAUCCAGCAAAUGCUGGCCAAAUACAUGGCCGAAGAAGAGGAUCCAGAAAUAUUGGCGGCCCUUCAACAAGAAGGAGCCACGGGCGGUAACAAUGGUGGAAGCAAGAGCCGCGAAAAGGACGAACGACUCAAAGCUGCCGAUCGAGCCUUGUUGGCAUUUACCGAUCGCAUCAAGCGGUCGCCGCGGCAGGUACUCCGGUAUGCUCCCAAUGGAAUCCCCAUGUGGUCCAUUCCACCACCUCAAGCAGUUUCAAACAAAAACAACAAUAAAAAGGGCAAAAAGGAUAAACAACCACCACAACCACCAAUAGUGAUUCCACCGUGUUCCUGCUGUGGCACGCAAAGACGGUUUGAAUUCCAACUCAUGCCGUCCCUACUCCAUGUCCUGGAAGUGGACCAAUUCGCCCAACAACAACAACAUCAAGAGGAACAACCAAACAACAAUAUUAAUCUAGAUACUAUCAUGAGUGCCGACUACGGAGGGAUGAAUUGGGGUGUCAUUGCGGUUUACACGUGUCCCAAGAAUGACUGCAAAAAUAACCAACAAGAAGAGUUUGUCGUGGUUCAGGCAUCCGUGGAUGAAACACCCAUGAAGCGGGCGGUGGCACCCGCCGAUGCUCCCGUAUUCAUCAAGGAAGAUCAGACAUUUGAUGCUUUGACCAAUGACGGAGAUCUGCUCGAUGGGGACGAAGACGACGAUGAUGAAACCGUUGUCGAAGAUGAAAACAAUUUGGUGUUCACCAUGGACGGGUAACUCCUUCGCCUUUUUGGUCAUGAUCCGCCUGGGUUGUGAAAUAUUCCUUCAGCAGUCGACAUGUCUCGCUGGACAGAGUCACUCCAUGGUGUCGUCAUAGCAAUGAAUGAUCAAGCCUGCGAAAAAUCUAGACACCAGCGAUGCCUUGUCUGACGUCUCACCAGACGCCUCAUCGAGGUGGUACGCUCCCUCCACACACUGCGCUGCAAAUACUUUUGAGUUGGGCGGUGGUUUCUGCUUUAGCAAAGCCGAGGACACGCCGUAUUCGGGUGGUACUGCGGCGGCCACCUUGUCGGGAUCACCACUACAGUCAUCGUAGAUCUUUGCGAGAGAUUCUUGCUCUGCAGGGUCCAGCUCCGUCUGCUGGUAGGAUACUUUGCCAUCCUUUGUGGUCCUGACACACCCAAGGUGGGUCUUGUCGAUGCCGGUCUCACGCAAGGCACUCUUUUUGGAAAGCAUUUCCUGUAGGAUUGGCUUCGGAGCGCCUGCAUCACGUGCAUCCGCAUGCUGGGUAAUCUCAGAGGAGGUUGGUGGAGGUGCUGGUGUUGGUCCGCUCAUAUUGAUUGCAGG